AUGAAGGGAAAAUUAAUUGGAUUAGGAGUAUCAAUUAUCCUUAUAGCUGGUGUAGCCAUUGGUCUUAUAGAACUUGUACGUCGUGCAAAUACUUCAAAUCAUCCGAACCAUGAUCCAUUAUCUUCAAAAUCCAAAGCAAUUCAAGCAAUAUGUGGCCCUACAGACUACAAAGAUGCAUGUGUUACAAGUCUCAACUCAGUUGCAAAUAACCAAAGUGCCACCUUAAAGGACUACAUACAAGUUGCCAUAAGUUCCACCAUUGAUGCUGUGAAACAAAGUAUUGAAAAAUCAGACUCCAUAGGCAAAGAAGCAAAUGAUCCUCUAAAUAAGAUGGCUUUUGCGGAUUGCAAGGAAUUGUUACAACUUGCAACUGAUGAGUUACAAUCCUUGCUUAGAGAUACGAAUGAUACCAACUUCUCUUCGUUGACGAAUAGAGAAAAUGACCUGAAAAAUUGGCUAAGUGCUACUAUUUCAUACCAACAAUCAUGCCUUGACGGUGUUGAAAAUUCUGAUCUGAAAGAAAAGAUGACAAAAGGUCUUAAGAUUACAUCCCAAUUAACAAGUAAUAUGCUUGCUAUUGUUUCAGAAUUUAGUCCAAUUCUAAGUAGUUUUGGCAUUAAUUCAAAUGCAAGUAUUAACUCUCGUCGACUCCUCAAUAUUAAUGAAAAUGUCUCUAAGUUUGGCAAAGAUGGCUAUCCAAAUUGGAUUUCAACUGAAGAUAGAAAGUUAUUAUCAAGGAUUAAUAUAAAUAACCCAUUUCCUAAUGCAAUUGUGGCUCAAGAUGGAAGUGGGCAAUUUAGGACAAUUUCUCAAGCAAUUGCAGCAUAUAAUCCAAAGAAUUUUAAGGGUAGAUAUGUUAUUUAUGUCAAAGCAGGGUUAUAUAAUGAGCAAGUACUUAUUACAAAAGAUCAAGUCAAUAUCUUUAUGUAUGGAGAUGGGCCUCGUAAGACCAUUGUCACUGGAAGAAAAAACAAUCGAGAUGGUGUUAGCACAUAUCAAUCAGCUACAUUUGCUGUAAUUGGAAACGGAUUUAUUGGAAAGUCGAUGGGUUUUCAAAACACAGCAGGUCCAGAAGGACACCAAGCUGUAGCACUUCGCGUACAAUCCGAUAUGUCCGCCUUUUAUAAUUGUAGGAUGGACGGAUACCAAGACACACUAUACACGCAAGCACAUCGCCAAUUUUAUCGUAACUGUGUGGUUUCAGGCACGGUAGAUUUCAUUUUUGGAGAUGGAAAUGUAGUUAUCCAAAACUCGCUUAUAAUCGUUCGAAAGCCCUUAGAUAAUCAGCAAAAUACAGUGACUGCACAAGGUAAAAAAGAUCGUCGCGAAACUACUGGGAUCGUUAUCCAUAACUGUAGAAUUGUUCCAGAGCAAAAGUUGUUUCCCAUUCGAUACCAAAUUCCAACAUUUUUAGGUAGACCAUGGAAGGAAUACUCUACAACAAUAAUAAUGCAAUCUAUGCUUGCCGAUUUCAUACAACCAGUAGGAUGGAUGCCUUGGGCAGGCACCUUUGCGUUGGAUACAUUGUACUAUGGAGAGUAUGGGAAUCGAGGUCCGGGUGCCGAUACAAGUAGGAGAGUUAGAUGGAAGGGCUACCAUGUUAUUACAAAUAGAGAUGAAGCUAUCAGAUUCACCGUUGGUCGAUUUAUUCAAGGACAACAAUGGCUUCCAUUUUCAAGCAUGCCUUAUCUUCUUGACCUGAAAAAUUAA